AUGCGAAUCCUCUCUUCUUUCUUGGUUGGACAGUUCCUGGCAUGGCACGCCUUAGCGAGCUGCUCCUCCAAACUCACCCGGCCAUUGUCAUACACUGUGAAUGGAAAUUCUAUUCCUGUCCAUGAGAACACGACUCUGAAAUUGUCCUCCAAUGGCACCACCCCCUCGAUCCUGAUUCUGGACUAUGGCAGGAACGUCGAAGGGCUCGCUUCCUUCGAAGUUGCCCACCGUACGGGAGACACAUCUGUUUUUGAGAUGUCCUAUGGUGAAUCUAGGGCGGUUCUGGAUUCGUACAUGUCUGACGGGCCCUUGGACUUCUCUGCAGCGAUGGAUACCUAUCGCAUCAACCGAUACAACCUCAGCAGCGGUUCGGAAUCCGUUCACACCAACCGUCUGAUCCAGGGCGGCCUUCGAUACCAAAAGCUCAACCUAUCGACCGCCGGCGAGCUAGAGCUGUCGUCCAUUGGCUUCCGUCCCACCGUCGAUGAUACGCCUCUCAGUAAGCUUCCUGGCGCAUUUCGCUGUUCCGAUCCAGUCUUGACUCGCAUCUGGGAAGUCGGAGCCCGCACCAUGCAGCUGAACGAGUUCCCUGCCAACUCGCUGCCGGACUUCUGGGUCAUCACUGAGGAGGGCGCCUUCGUCGAGAGUUUGAGUCCUCAGCCCUUCUCCGCGGACUAUGCCAGCGCAAUGACUGCCUUCGAGCUGGACUUUGUUGCCAAGCCCAUACGGAAUGGGUUUGGCUUCACAGUCCUGAGUGAUACCCUGGGAAAAGGAAUAUACCUCUUUGUCAAUAUUGCCAACAGCUCAAUCUCAGCGCAUGCGGGUUCGUCUGAGCUUUCAGACUCCUUGGUCGUUGCACCAUUGCCACCCUCUGUCUCUCUAGGUCAUUGGCAUCGGGUUCACUCUAGUGUGGACAGCUCUCAGAUCAGUAUCUCUAUUGAUGGGUCCACUGUCCUCAAUUUCACGCAGACCACGAGCUUCUUCGGCUCGUUCGGCUUGGGUGCCUCGCUGCAUCACGCCGCCAUGUUUACGAAUGUCUCGUUGACUGCAUUUGGCACGGAAAUGUACAGCUCACGCUUGAACAGCAAGUCUGACUUGCAGGCUUUCCUCAUAGGCACCAACCCUUUGCCAGUUGAGGUGGAUGGGUCCCGCAGGGAUCGGAUUGCCUAUGCUGGCGAUUUGGAUAUGACCACGGGCAGUGCGCUUGCAAGCACUUAUGGUCGUGAAUAUAUCAAUGGCACGAUCUCCCUAUUAGGCUCCUUUCAGCUUCUACCCGGGUUUUUCGUUCCAACGGCCAAAGUGCAACAACCGCCACGUUCUGCGGACCUGUCUGCCAAUAUUACAGGUCUCAUUGGAUACUCCUUCAGUAUGGUGAGCGCCAUGGCGCAGUACUAUGAGCAGACCGGUGAAACGGACUUUGUCUCCAGAUGGGGCCCCAAGGCAGCGCGGAUGCUCGACUGGGCACAUUCUCAAGUGCUCCCGAAUGGGAUCCUGAAUAUCUCCAACCAAGCAUUUGCCGGAGACUGGAAUUAUUAUGACCCACCAGUAGGGGGCGAAGUGGCCAAGUUCAACCUUAUUUAUGCCUCUACACUCAAGAAAUGGAUCCCCUUGAUGGACGACGCUGGUCUCAACUCUACCCUUUACAUGCGACGUCUGGACGCCCUCAGGGCCGCGAUCAACCGCCACCUCUGGAGCAACUCCCUGCAGGCCUACUACCACUCGGACACGCACCGGGAUUUCUUCUCCCAGGAAGCAAACGCCCUCGCCAUCCUCAGCGACACCAUCCCCGUGAACGGCACCGGCAACUUUACCGCCCGCGCCUUGCUGUCUACCAUGGCCCGCGAGCUCGAUGUGCCCGCAGGGCCGCUAGCCUUCUCCCCCGCCAGCAAAGCAAGCGGAUGGGCGCAAAUGAUCAGCCCCUACUCCUCGGGAUAUCACCUCCAGGCAGCAUUCCAUGCUCGAGACGGCCCUGCGGCCAAGCAUCUGCUCCAGACGCUGUGGGGCCCCAUGAGCGACCCCAAACACACUAACUACACCGGCUGCUUUUGGGAGGUCCUCGGCGAAGACGGCACUCCGGGACUGGGCUCUGGGACCUCUCUCUGUCACGCGUGGAGUGCUGCUCCAACUGCUGCUCUGAGCAGAUACGUUCUUGGAGUCGCGCCAGCAAAGGCAGGCUACAGUGAAUGGACGAUAACACCGCAGACACUGGACUUGAGGUGGGCGGAGGGCCGCUAUCCAGUCCCGCAGGGGGCGUUCGAGGUGAAGUGGCGCUACGACAGCUCUGACUUUCUACACAUGACUGUAACUCCUCCUGCUGGUACGAAGGGAACCGUGUAUCUUCCUGCUCCUAUGAGGCGGAAGGUCCGGAAGUAUGAGGUCACAGGAGGAGUCGCCAACCGAGACGGAGGGUUCACCGUGGGCGACACGGAGUUUGUAUUCCAACAGACGGCCUAG